CUUAUGAGUUUUUAAGUAAUUUAUAUUUGUCAUAGAAUAGACAACAGACUCGAAGAAGGAAGAAUUUAGAAAAUACUUAGAAAAGGCUGGAGUGAUUGAUCAGCUAACAAGAGUAUUAGUUGGGUUAUAUGAAGAACCAGAGAAACCUAACAAUGCAAUUGAGUAAAUAAAGUGUUUUGAAUUAGUUAUGUGAAAAAGUAUUUGGGAUCUCCAGUGGAUAUUGAUGUAGAUAAACUUAAAUUAGAAUAUGAAAAACUUAAAGAUGAAAACAUAAAAUUAAAGAGAGAAGUUGCAGAAUUAAAAAAAGAAGUUUAUAAUUAUUUUAAUAUCCAAUUAGUUAUAAGCUGCCUAAUAAGAGCAAAAUUGAAAGUAUAUAUACACAUACGCA